GUCUCCGUUCUUGAUUUAGUUCUAGAACUAAAGGGCUUAAGUAGAAAGAAGAUCUGCACGUCAUUGCGCGAGAUCGAGGCGAUAUUUCUGUUGCCGCUAGCAACAUCUGAACGAGUACUCGUCCAGUGUAGGAACUCCCUACAAAGUACAGAGAAAAUGUCUGCCGUGGAAGACAGUGUUCGGUUAUUUGCCGGAGCUAACACCAAGCGAUGCUAGCGCUGACUGGAUUUGGUUAGACGCAUCUUCGGUUAUAACCCCAUAUUCACAACGCUGGUUUAACCGUGCGAACGAAGGAGAGGACAAUAGCCGAGAACUGCGUCUCGUGUCUAUUGCAACCCCACAAGGUGGCUGGACUUUACUCCCGCCCUGAAGGUCCUGCAACCGGAUCUUGCAAAGUAAACGUGGGAAUGUGAACAUGAAGGAGCCAAGGCAGCCCAGAAAGCGUGCUCGGCAAGCGUGCCUGUCGUGCAAUCAGCGCCGGGUCAAGUGCGAUGUAACCGAACGAAUGCCAUGUCGACAUUGUGAAGCAGCCGAUGUGCCAUGCGAGAUACGAGAGUCUCGUCGUGGGAAACACCCACGCCCUUCACGACGUUCAGUUGCUGGAAGCAGCAUAGGUCAUGACGGCCAGCUUGUUCCGCUGCAGACGACUGGAGCAGUUCAUACAGCCGACCAAGUCGAGGCGUCUCAGGCGUUGGCAAGUUUAUCACGUCCAGGACAGCAGUUCGAAUGGAGCAACAACAAAGCAAUUACAGAAGCUGAACUGGCUUCACGUGAUGAACAGAGAAAUGAGGACGAUGGUGCCGUCUUCCUGGGUGAAUCAACCUCGAUAAGAUAUGUACCCGAAGAAACAGAGGCAUCGCCUAUGAAUGGAUCAUUGCCAGAGAGCACUCGACUGCGGCACUCUGUACCAAAUGCUGUCAAGGCGGAGAGCCUCAUUCCUCAAUGGGAAGCUGAACGCCGGAAAGCUCGUAUCAACUAUCUGAGGUCCGAGGGUGCAUUCACAGUACCAGCGAAGCCUGUCCUUGAAGCCCUCCUCGGCGCAUACUUUCGAUGGUUUCACCCUUGUUUCCCAAUCGUCGACGAGAAGGACGUCUGGAUGCAGCAACAACAAGGCACGUUGUCGCCUCUCCUUCUUCAAGCCAUGCUAUUCAUCGGAGUCAUUCACUGCGAUGAGGACCACCUCAAAGAACUGGGCCUGGGAGUGAGACAUCGAGCCAAGUACAUUUACUAUAACAGAGCCAAGGAUAUUUACGACGCCGAUCAUGAGCAGAAGAAGCUUACUGUCAUUCAAGCACUGUUUCUGCUCAGCUUUUGGCGAGCGGGUGCCCUCCUGGAAAAGGAUGCACGACACUGGCUAGGUGCUGCUAUCAGCCUUGCACAGACAAAGGCGCUGCACCGCUCAUCUCACGGCGCCAACGGAAAGUCGGAGAAGUUGCGAAAGCGUGUUUGGUGGUCGAUAUACAUUCGCGAACGACAGUGUGCUGCGGCUCUUGGUUUACCACACCGCAUUAGGGAUGAGGACUGCGACAUAGAGCCUCUAGACCGGAUUGACUUUGAUAAUGCGUUUAGUUCCGAGACAUUCCCGGGAGAAUCUGAGGAAUGGAUAUCGUUCGUGAUAGGCAUGUGUGGUCUCGCUCGAAUUUUGGGUCGGGUUGUACAUUCAGGUUACCUUCCUCGUCAACACCUCAACCCGGUCCUUAUUUCGCAACUGAAAGACGAGCUUAUACGCUGGAAGCAAGCGCUUCCUAUGAAGAUGCAGCUGGACAAUGACUUCGGCAACAGACCAGGAUUUCACGCGAAUAUGCUUCACCUCGCGUACAACAAUAUUCUUAUCCUUCUGUAUCGUUCAGCUUAUAUCGAAGAUGAUAAAGGAAACGGGGAAGUUGAUGGUGCCGUAGCAUUGCAAGCGGCCGCUCGUAACUCGAGGAUCAUUGAAGACAUGCUAUCUGACGGGAAACUUCGUCAUCUUCAAAUUCAUUGCAUCACAAAUCUCUUCAACACAUUGUGUAUUCAUGCGUUAAAUCUACGACGAUCUGAAGGAACAGCGCGAGCCAUAGCAGAACAUCGUGCGAAAUUAUGUCUCAUGGGCCUUCAAGAGCUCCAGAAGACGUGGGAGGUCACAAACUGGGUCUUGCAACUCUUCUUUCAAUACCUCGAUCGCUCUACUGCUGCUCGACUACAAAUAUCAGACGAGAAUCUACAAGCCUUAAGUCCUGAGAGAAGCAAAACAAACGAACAAUUUCGGCAAGUUUUACAGUCGAAGACUACCACACCCUUAGACUUGAACGGAAUGACGUAUGGUUACGAUGGACCUCCCCCCGUUACAACAGAUACGCCGUGGUCUUGGAGCACAGAAGAAGCUAAUCAAUUCCUCUUGUCUCAAAUAGAGAGUGAAUCGGGUGCAAAUUUCGGCGAGGGAUUUGGUGGGAUGUGGAGUGGUGACGAAGGAUUCAGCGCUUAUCUUCCACAAUUCGAGUUAGGUUGAAAUAUGCUAAACAACAAAAUAAAUUAAUGGUGCCAUGUUUUGAGGAAUCCCACUUUGUCAAUAUUCAGUGCGGACUUUCCCA